CCUCGCAAACCUCUUUAUUUACGUGUUAGAAUAGCCAAGUUUUUCGUGGCAAAAAUGCGCCUUUUAACGCAUAAUAUGCUUACAUCUCACGUAAAAGGCGUGAAGAAUGGAUAUCCUUUAGCUAUAGAGGUCGCGAAUGUUGUGGUAAAUGAAGUAGACUUCAAUCCUGAGUUCAUCUCUCGUAUGAUUCCGAAAGUGGACUGGGGUGUACUUGUACAAGCAGCUCAACAAGUUGGACGGUCUGUGGGUCUACCUGAAGAAUUGAUCACAGACUUCGAAAAAGAUGAAGAGUUCUUAAAGAAAGCACAUCAUGUUCUGCUCGAGGUGGAAGUUCAGGAAGGAUCCCUGGUCUGUCCUGAAUCAGGGAGAAAGUUUCCCAUAAAAAAUGGAAUUCCAAAUAUGCUCCUUAAUGAGGAUGAAGUGUAAAUGAGCUGUAUUUACACUUGAUGUGGGCAGAAGGACAUUGUGUUGGUUGGAUUGGUGCUUAAAGUAGUUUGACCAGUGUGUAGGAAUGAGACAAAAAUUCUGUAGCUAUACAUCAUUCUCGGAAGAUUUGCAGGUGGCCAUCAGGAUAACUUUGUUGGAUCAUAGAAUUUAAACUGGCUGUAACACAGACUUGUCUGCUGGACAAUACAUUAGCAGGCUCACAACAGGACUUCUAUAGUGCUGUGCAUUGUAAUUUAAUAAGACGUGGCUACUGCACUCUUUUUUCUGCAUGUAGCUUUGUCCCUGAGUUAAAAUGUUUUAAAGAUACCUCUAAAUUUAGCUUUAACUAGAAAAAAGCAUAUUUUCAAACUGAACGUAGUAUUGCUUUUACUGACUGCUCUCUUGAAAAAAAAAAAAACUAUCUGAAAUGUGAGCUUAGUUUGCCAAAAUGUAAUAUUUGCCAAGAAGUGACAUAAGUGACUUGUGUCUGAUUUCUCCUCACAAUAUUACCUGAAUCACACAAGUCAAGGAAGAAAGUAAAUGAUCACCAACUAAAGAACAUAAACAUAAACAUACUUUAAUUAUUCCAGAAACAGACUAUGUGUACACUUAGAGAAAAGGGAAAAUAUGCUUCCAGAAAAGGAAGUUAAGAGGUUAUCCCUAUGUGAAAACUCCCUAAAAAAUAAG